AUGGAAGAAAAUCAGACGAUGGUCACAGAGUUCAUCCUGCUGGGAUUCUGUCUUGGCCCGAGGAUUCACCUAGUUCUUUUUGCAUUGUUCUCUCUCUGUUACACCUUUACAUGGUUGGGGAAUGGGUUUAGCCUUGGAUUAAUCUGCCUAGAGCCCAGGCUGCACUCUCCUAUGUACUUCUUUCUCUCCAAUCUGGCCACUGUUGACAUCGCCUAUGCCUGCAACACAGUGCCACAAACACUGGUAAACCUCUUGGAUGAGACCAGGCCCAUCUCCUUUGCUGGCUGCAUGAUGCAGACUUAUCUAUUUUUGACAUUUGCAAACACAGAAUGUGUCCUCCUUGUGGUGAUGUCCUAUGAUAGAUUUGUGGCCAUCUGUCACCCCCUACACUACACUGUCAUCAUGAGCUGGAGAGUGUGUACUAUCUUGGCUGCUGUUUCCUGGAUAGUUAGCUUUCUUCUGGCUCUGGUCCAUUUACUUCUCAUGCUGAAGCUGCCUUUCUGUGGACCUCAUGAAAUCAAUCACUUUUUCUGUGAAAUCCUGUCUGUCCUCAAGCUUGCUUGUGCUGACACAACACUCAAUCAAGUUGUUAUCUUUGCAGCCUGUGUGUUUGCUUUAGUGGGGCCCCUAUGCUUUGUACUAGUCUCCUAUACAAGAAUCCUGGUGGCAAUCCUGAGGAUCCAGUCAGGAGAAGGUCGCAAAAAGGCUUUCUCCACCUGUUCUUCCCACCUCUGUGUGGUAGGGCUCUUCUUUGGCAGCGCCAUUGUUAUGUACAUGGCCCCCAAGUCCCAGCACCCAGAAGAGCAACAGAAGAUCCUUUUCCUGUUUUACAGCUUUUUCAACCCCAUGCUGAACCCCCUGAUCUACAGCCUGAGGAAUGCUGAGGUCAAGGGCGCCCUCAGGAGGUCACUGUGCAAUGAAAAUCAUUCCCAAUUGUUGUGA